AUGACAUCGAUAAGGAUUUUUAUACUGCUUUUUGCCGUUUGUUUUAUCUCUUUAAAUGCAUGCGGUGCUGGGCCGGAAAAAUCAAAGCGUGGAUAUUGCAAGUUCUACGUGGACGGAUCCAGUGAUACAAAAGCAAGCGGAAGAAAAAAGAGACAAUCCGGAACAGCCACGGGGUCCGUUGAUCCUGCAACAGGCACGGCUUCUGGGUCUGCGUCAACAAUGUCAACAAUGACAACCACAACUUCACCAAUGGGUGACGGAUCCGCAAGUGGAUCUGCAAGUGGAUCUUCCAGCUCAAGCAGUUCCAGUAGUUCGAGUAGCUCUAGCUCAGGCUCUGCAAGUGGUUCAGGUGGAUCAGGUGGAUCAGGUAGGUCAUCAAAAUCCAGUGAAUCAAGUGAAUCACGUCGUCGAUCAGGUGGCUCUGGUGGAUCCGGUGGAUCAGGCGGAUCCGGAGGCGGUGGAGGAGGUGGAGGCUCAGGAGAACUCAGUUCUAAAGGACCCGAUGGUAAAUUCACGGGAAAGAAAAAGCAGAAGAAUAAGAAGUGCUACGAGUAUGAAGAUGGAAGCAGAGAUAACGAUGCUAAACUGAAGAAAGGAGUUACAUACAGUAGGAUUAAUUUAUAA